AUCAUGACAACAAUUACCAAAGCCCAUAUUGCUGAAGUAAAGUCCCUCGCCAAACCUCCACAACUUGUGAUAAAUAGUCUUGAAGCUGUCUUUCUGCUACUUGGAUACUCUUUUGCUGAAUCUGGGAACUUCGAUUUAACGAAGAAGCUUUUAGCAAAAACCCCGGAAAUCAUUUUGAGUGAGUUGAAUGAAUUUCAAGCUGGAAAAUGUGAUCCAGCAUCAGUAACAAGAGCCAAGAUUUUACUCACAGAUGUAACAGUCGAGAAGGUCAAAGAAGCCAAUUUUGCUGCAUCCCACUUUGUAAAUUGGGCGCUAAAAGCUUUGGAGGAGUGCGAGGCCGCCGGAAAACUUCAGAACACUACUUGAUGCGUCAUCAGUAAACAUACA